AUGAUGUCCAGCAGUGCCCCACAUCAGCAGCAGCCGCAGCGAGUGCGAUCUGCUCCCAACACGCCCAAGGGCAGCAAACUGAGCAGCCGCCCCCGCCGUAGCAAGCGAGUGUCGAAAGACGAGAAGAUUAGCAUUCUGAAGAGUGACCUGAAGGUUUCCCGCGAAGAAAAUGCGCGUCUCAAGAAGGAACUGGAACGGCUCACAUCCGGCGACAAUGCUACUGCUACCGCUAAUAAUGCUCCUCCGGUGAUGCUGAAUGAACAAGAAAAGAAAUUCCGACAAGCCAUGCGGGCCAUGAAGAAGGUGACGGUGAGUCAGGAAAUGUGCAUCCGUACCCUUCGUACCAAAGCCAAGGAACGCCGCAAAGAUCUCAAGCAACGAGAUGCUCGUAUUCUCGAACUCGAACAUCAAACCAAACGACUCGAAGGCGCUGCCUCACUUCUCCUAAAACAAAAAUCAUUGACACCUGAUCAACAAGAACAAGAAGAUUUGCCCUCCAAAUUGCAACAAUUGCAAAUGGACUACAAUUCACUCCUCCAACGCAACAAUGAUUUGGAAGAAAUACUCGAUGAAAAGGAAGCCAAAAUGGGAGCACUCCAAAAACAACGAAAUUCACUUCUAUCGCCGCUUCACAACCAUAAUACUACUGCCAACAAUAGCAACAAACGAGCUUCUAGUAUCAAGGGAGAUUCCGAUACGGAAUCGGCCGAAUCCGGGUCGUAUCAAUCCAUUUCCACGGCGGGUGAUUUUGACAUGGCCCGUCUCAAGACCGAAUUGGCACAAAAGAGUGAAAAAAUACUCAAAUUACAAAUGGAUCUCGACAUGGUCAAGGAGGAACGAUACCAGCUGAAACAGCAAAACAAACGACGAUCCAUCAAUCAUAACCACGAGCAGGAGGAACCAUCAUCGUCAUUCGCCGCUCAAGAUCCAUUCUCGUUUGCAUCCGAUCCAUUUGGUAUGAUGGGGUCCACCAGUCACAGUCAGCGCACGGGAGACGACUGGACGGAUGUGGAAGAUACCGAUAAUGAAUCGGAAUUUGGGGAAGCACCAUUCGAUCAGCAACGACAGCAAUUUGGGGCACAACAACAAGGAGCAUUCGGUGAAUCCUUCUUUACUACUACUAGCAGUUCAACCAGCAAGCUACAUGCUUCGACGGCUCUCAGUACUACGGCCGCAGAACCGGACUUUUGGUAA